UAUUGGAUAGCAAUUCAUUCACAGUAAACAACAGAACUGCUGGUGAUAUUCUUCUCCAGGGGAUUGAAUAGCAAUGUCAAAAGGAAAGAAGACUAAACGGAGAAGGGACAAUUCAGCAGACAGUCAGAAUCCCAUUAAUGAAGAAGAGAUUGACGGAGCCAAUAAAGUAGAGGCAAGUGGAGUUGGUGAUGGUGAUCGUAAUGGGAAUAUACCUGGUAGGAUUUUGUCUACUGUGAAGGUUAAUUAUGGUGGGGGCAAGAAGAAGAAGCUUUUAAACUCUUGUGGAGAUUCCCCUUUUUUUCAGAAGGUAGCUAAGGAGGGAGAAAAGUGUGGAGGGGAGAGAAUAGAUGGUAGUUCCAUGGUUCAUAAAAGCAAAUAUAUUUUCCCCAAUGACUUGAAGAACCUCGACCUUGUGCUUUCACAAUUUGUCUAUGAGAGCAAUAGCAACAGUGGGAGGGAUACGGAUGAUGAUACAAAAAUGCAAGCUCAGUUUCAGGAGGUUAUGAAGAAAGAUAAAGGUCAUAAAGAGGAUAAUGAGGAUGAUGGAAACCCAAUUUAUGGUGACACUUACAAGGCUGCUGUUUUGCCAAGUGUAAACUUCAAAGACCACAAUGGGAAGAAGCCAGAGACAAUCUUCAAUUUGAGUAGAAAUGAUAGUACAGCAGAUGUGCAAGUUCAAAAGGUUUCUUCUUCCUUCCAGACUUCAACAGGAGGCAAGUUGGCUAGGAAAAAGAGAUGUCUGAAACCAUCUGCCAAGGGGUGUCCCCAUGAGGUGAAAGUAUCCCCUUAUUUCAGUGAGAUAUUCAAAGAAGAAGAAGAAGACGAAAAAGAAGAACAAGAAGAAGAAGAAAGUGGAGGUGAGGUUAGGAAAAAAAGACAUGUGAAACCAUCUACUAAGUGUUGUUCCCAAGUGAUUGUUGUAUCACCCUAUUUCAACAAGAUACCCAAAGAAGAAACAAGUGGAUGUGAGCUUAGGGGGAAAACACAGCUGAAACCACAUAGCAAGGGUAAACCACAUACCAAGAGUUGUCCCCAAGUGGUGAAAGUAUCCCCCUAUUUCAGUAAGAUACCCAAAGAAGAGGAAAGUGCAUCUGAGGUUAGGAAAAAAACACAGCUAAAACCACGUACCAAGAAUUGUCCCCAAGUGGUAAAAACAUCCCCUUAUUUCAGCAAGGCACCCAAAGAAGAGGAAAGUGGGUUUGAGGUAAGGAAAAAAACAAAGUUAAAACGAAAUACCAAGAGUUGUCGCCAAGUGGUGAAAGUAUCACCCUAUUUCUGUAAGAUACCUAGAGAAGAAGAAAGUGGAGUUGAUCAACUACCUCAAUGCAUAAUACCACCUACAAAUGUUCUUUCUGCUUCUCAGAAGCGAGAUGAGGCAUACAUGAGAAAAACUCCAGAUAACACAUGGAAGCCUCCAAGGUCUGAAAAAGGUCUACUCCAGGAGGAUCAUGCACAUGACCCUUGGAGGGUCUUGGUUAUAUGCAUGUUACUCAACAAAACAAGUGGUCGGCAGACUAAAGGACUAAUAUCAGACUUCUUCACUCUCUGCCCUGAUGCGAAGACUUGCACUGACAUUGCCACAGAAGAGAUAGAAAAGCUAAUAACUCCGCUUGGACUCCAAAAGAAAAGGGCAGUAGCACUCCAGCGGUUCUCUCAGGAGUAUUUAAGUGAAAGUUGGACCCAUGUGACUCAGCUACAUGGUGUUGGAAAGUAUGCAGCAGAUGCUUAUGCAAUAUUUUGUACAGGCAAGUGGGAUCGAGUAAGACCCACUGAUCACAUGCUAAAUUAUUACUGGGAUUUUCUGCAAAGCAUCAGGAAUACCUUGUGAAGUUGUGAUAGAUUUUCUUCUUUAGAUGAAUGAAUUAUUGUUUCAUUAGUUGUUAAGGUCAACUGAGUAAAUGAAAAAAAAAAAAAAAUAAAAUAAAAGAAAAGAAAAACAUUUUUCAGUUUUGGCACAUGGGUAUCUGCUUACUAUGUAUACCGGCACCAUCAUUGAAUGCUUGAAGUAAUAAUAUUGGUAUCUUUUAAAACCCUUUUUGUCCAUCAUAUUGCUCGAUAUUUACUUGGAUAAUUAACUUUUUUUUUCCUAAUUUUACUCUGUUGGCAACAUAGUAAGAGUGAUUCUUGAGGCUUUGAGCCUUUUUACAUGCUUUCCAUUUUCCCUUUUAAAGCCUUUGGAUAUGGAAGGAUGCAACAGGGAACCAGGUUGAUUCAUGGGUAAUUAUGGCUUCUUAAUUGGAGCUUUGGAUGUUUCUUUUAAUGCCUGAUGACAAUCCAUUCCUUUUGCUUGCUUUCUUGUCCGUACAUUUGCCUUGUUCUUCUUAAUCCUCAUUUUGGUGCUACUUUUCAAUCCUGAUUUUGAAGACACUAUUUUUUUUAUUAUUCUUUUUUUUUUUUCACUGUAUUGUAUUUUACAUGAGAAAUAAAGAAAAGGAUGUGAAUUGUUUUUUGUUGCUCUCAUGUUAAGUUGUAUUCUGAUUCUGACUCAGAUCUCUAUUGCAACUGGGAACUUAGGCUGAGAAUUGUUAUUGUUAAAUGUUCCUUUAAUAGAUUUGAUUUUUGGGU